UAAAGACAUUUGCGAAAUUCAACACCACCGAUUCCGCCAGCGCGGUGCGAGAAACACUUCGACGCGAACCCGCAUUGACGCAAUUCGAAACCGCUCAAAUCGCCAAUUUGUGUCCCGUCGAUGCUGAGGAGGCAAAGAGCGUCAUCCCAAGUCUGGUAAAGAUCGAGGAUGAUAGAUUGCAAGCAUUACUCGACGAGAUACAGUUGAUGAGAAAGUUCCAGUCCUGA